AUGUCCGAACCCACUGAGACAGGAGGCCUCCCAUUGGAUUUGAAGACCCACCAGCAACAGCAACCUCAAGACAGCAUUAUUCAUCAACCAACACUACCCAAAGUCGAAAAUUGCACAACAUCACAGUCACCUAACAACUCAUCCAAGGGAACCAAGGCUGCUAGCCCUCGCCGUCGUCCUGGAACCAUCAAACAAGCGCCAUCCGGCCCCCACACCGGCUCCUCCCGCUCUGAGCAACAGCCAGCCUUGAGCCCUACAGACAUGUCGUCUCACAACCCAUCAAUCCACUACACGCGGACUGGUCGUAUCAGCAAAGCAAAGAAAGGAUUGAAAGUACACAACUGCGAGAACUGCGGAAGAUCUUACACCCGGGCCGAGCACCUAAGACGGCACCAGAAGAACCAUGCUCAAGAAGACGCACUUGUCUGUCAGGUGUCAGGAUGUGGCAAGACCUUCUUCCGGAUUGAUCUUCUUCAUAGGCAUCAGGAACGACACAACGAGCCUGGAAGAGACACUCCCCAGCAGAGUCCGGAGGGCUCACCAGAGCCAGCGUCUAUAGCUAUAUCCGCCUCCAUACCCGCUCUCGCGUCACCCAUAAUGGAAGUGACGUCGAACCCCCCAACGACUUCCUACUACCAGCCCGUAUCUCCCAUGCUGGAGACGGUGCCAUUCACAAGGUACAACCACGCUUCGUUUCGUACUCCCGGAACGCCUCAAAAUCUCUCGUCAAGUUCUAGUCUCAUUCCUCGUUCUUCACCUCAUACUACGUCUAGCCCCAAUCAACUCAAGCAUCCCCGUUCACAAUACAACCGAUCUUCUGCAGCUGUGACUGUGCCCAUGGAUGCUAUGACACCGGGUCUAUGGCACGAACCGUACAGUCCCACCCCUGGGUACUCCUCCUCAAGCGGGUAUGCAUCGCCGAUCGCAUCGACCGACUUCCCCACAUUUGGCAGCGCACCUUACCAUCGAGCGCGCACACCUUCGAACGCAUCUAUUAUCGACCCAUCAUGGUCAUACCAAUCACGGUCGCCAGCGUCUACCACCUCGACCAUGGCAUUCACAUGGGGUUCGAACGACAAAGGAUCGACUGCUUCAAACCUCGCCUACAUGAAUGCCUGUUCCUACCCAAUGACGGCUAUGUCGAUCCCUACAAGUAUGGAUACAAUGGCUGGAUACGGACACUUUGGUCCACGGACAAUGAUUCAAAGAGACGAAGAGGAGGGGGUGAUUCUCUUUGGAGACGAACAAUAUGGUAUGGCUUCGAUCGCACACACCCAUCCAUUUGAGCAAUAUCUUGACUAUUACUGGAGGCUCUUUCAUCCCACUUUCCCCGUCGUCCAUCGAUCUACCUCUGUGAAUCCGUCCCCGAUGCUGCGCGCAGCCAUGAUCGCCAUAGGCAGCCAGUACUCGACCGGUUCCAGCGACAAGAAAAAGGGCCGAGACCUCCACGACCGAUGUUUGAAGUUGCUUGAACGGAGAGACCACGAAGCUUCGACGGAACCAGAUCGUUUAUGCGAUUUCCAGACGAUGUUUCUUAUCGAGAUACUAUCCCAGUACCGUGCCCGACGUGCUGCUAAGGUUUUGUCGUCGCGCUUUGACAAAGUGUAUCACAAGGCUAUUGAGAACUGCAGGAGCAUGACUCCAAAGAUGGCGGAUUUGGUCGCAAGCCCUUCUCCGAACCAUUGGGCUCGCUGGGUCGAGCUAGCCACCUGGCAACGCCUGCUCUUGUCUUGUUUCGUUCUUGAGUCACAGCAGCGUCUCCUACUCGCUCGUGAAUCUUUACCUUCCUUGAUCCACGAUUGUCAUUUAGACAUUCCGUUGCCGGCAGACCGUUCUCUUUGGGAUGCGACAACUUCGACCGAAUGGGCUACGGCUGCCCAACAGCAUCUCUAUACACCAUCAUACGUUGACGAAAUAACUCCCAGGUCUCUAACAGGCCCUCUUGAUACUUUCCAAUCAUUUGUCAUACUCGCCGUGCACUACAAUCGCAACGAAACCCCGGCACCAUACAUUUCCUCCUCGACAGCUUCGAACCUUGAAUCUCUUCUCGAUUCUGCGCCUGCCACCACACGAAUGCUUCUCGUAGCAAAACUGGUGCAAGUGACCCCUAUCCGUGCACUUGUAGCCGUUGCGAGCGAAUCAUGGAUCUUCUCGGAGAAGGUCGCAACCCCACAAGCCUUUGCUGCACUCAAGACUACACUUCGCACAUGGGUCGCACAGCUAUGGUCUACCAGCGAGCCAGAAGGUGUACCGGUUAAGGAAGCACUGAAAUUAUCAAUCAAGAUUCUGCAACAAGCUGUCGAGGAGCAGCGAGAUUCUGUGCCAUUGGAGGUGGGUACAGAUAUGAGCAUCUUCUUCGCCGCUCUAGUUCUGUGGAUCAUCACUGUGGCAGCGAACACACGAACGAAAGGACUACACCAGAUAGCCAAACAGCAAAGCCGACGGCAGAGUCAUUCCGAAUCGUCAACAAUCUUCAAUUCAGCCUGGGCACCUACAACCCCUUCAGCACCUUCCAUAGGCCAUGCUUCAUCAUCAUCAGUUCGACACACACUAGCACCUUCCAAUAGCCAGCCGCAAUCACCAAUCAUUGAAGCUACAGCGGAAAAUCCUCUUCUUUCGCAUGCGCAGAUCAUCAUCAACACCAUAAGUUUCCUCACCGAUACCCUAGCCCUUUCCGAUAAUACGAUUGCCCUGCGCCAGUCUCCCGCAGAUCAUGCACGUCGUCAAGCAGGCUGUGUAAGCCUACUUCUCUGGGUCAAACUCCGACUUCGUGGCGUCCCGCUUGAAGACCAGAGUGGACCUGCCGAUCCGUGGACCAACAAGUCCGGCGAUGGGCUUGGCGAGCUUCUCGAAGGUGUCGUCGGAUCCAUUGAACGCAUUCUAAAGAAAGGUUGGAGUGAUUGGGGAAUAUAA